AUGUUCCAGGUGUUCGUCCAGGUGUUCGUCCAGAUGUUCGUCCAGGUGUUCGUCCAGGUGUUCGUCCAGGUGUCUGAGAACAGCAGCUCUGCCCAGAUGGACUCAGGCAAACACCCAGCGGCACGAGCUGGAAAUGUGCUGCGCCAACUGCUCCAACACUGCCGCGUCGUCGGGCCCAAAGCCGUUCUUGUCCAAGCAGUCAAUGUCCAAAACGCCCACCACACGCCCGUCCGCCACAAGAGGCACCACAAUCUCGCUGUUGGUGUCGCCGUCGCAGGCGAUAUGCGCCUUAUCGGCGUGCACGUCUGGAAUCACCUCGGUGCUUCUGUUCUCGGCCGCCCGGCCACAGAUGCCCGCGCCAAAACGGAUGCUCUGGCAUGCCACUUUCCCCUGGAACGGGCCAAGCACAAGCGUGUUGGCGGCCUCUGCGUCGAGAACAUAGAAGCCGGCCCAGUUGACUCGGACUCCCAAUGCAUGGUAGGCGUGCCACACUAG